UACAAAUGCUGAAGGAUUGAAUGUGUUUGUUUUAUCUUAAGAUAAAUAAUACACUAUUUAAUAAAAUACUGACAGAAGCCGUUUUUAGCAGAAUGAGAACUUGUACUUUUAAGUAUUUUUUCGGAUAAUACUCGCUCACGGUAAUUUAAGCUUUUAAUGUAAACGGUGUAUAACUUUUAUAUUGUAAACAAAUACCAAUCCACUAAACUCCCUCGUCGCACUGAUGACGUCAGCUACUGCUCAGCGCGGAAUUUAAAACUAUCGUGAGCUACUUCCUGUUUACAUGAGCCAGCUAGUUUUUUAAGCUCAGACUGAAACACUCGGCAUGUCACCUUUUAUCCAUAUAAAUACAUUAUUUUAACGUGGGGCCUCAUUUCUUUCAUUCCGCGCUUUUCUGCUGCAAAUAGUGACGCAAUCAAACAGCACCCGCGUAGUUUGUACAGUUACCCGGCGGUAACGGUUAAUCCCUGAGCAGAACCGACGGAUAGUGAUCAUUGUUUGGUAACGUGACGCGUUUAUUCGACAGUCACUCUUGUAUUCAAGUUCAGUCGCUCUCUGGUCGCUGACUUGAUGACCUGACUAGCUUUCUGUCCAUCAUGGAGGACAGCUCUGCUUGUUCUUCGACGGUCGCCGCGCUUCCUCGCGCCUCUUUCCUCCAGCGGACGUUGGAGCGGUUGUCCUCCGCGCAGUGCCUCAGGGUGACCGCCGAGGGGGCGGCGGCGGCUCCCGUCGGCGUCGUGGCGCUCCAGCGGUACUUAUCCGAGAAACCCGAGGGACUCGACAGCUACAGCUACGACAUCACGGUCACCGACGGAGUCUGGCGGGCCAAGUGCCUCCUGCACCCGAGUUUAAAUGGCCUGGUGCACUCGAACACCCUGCGGACCGGGGGCGACGUGGACAUCACGCAGUGCUCCUACGUUUACGACGAGCGGGUCCUGGGACACGGUUACAUCUGCGUGGAGGAGCUCCGGUGUGGCGCGGGGAGGUCUGCGCUCCUGUCCCGCGUGAAGGACGCGGGUUCGCUGCCCAUGCUGGUGCGGCGGGGCGUGGAGGGUAGUGUGGCGCUGCGACGCGACGCUCCUCUUCAGGUGAGCCGCAAACAUUACCUGUCUCUGUGGAACAACGACGACCCGGAGGGGGACAUCUGGACCUCAGGGUGCUCAUCUGACACGGUGCUGGACGUGUCCAAGGUUACUCUGCUGUGUAGUCUGGAGUCGUGCUUUAGAAAGACAUGUACGCCUCUCCCUCUCCUGGUGAAGAUAUUACACAAGGCUAAAUUACGGUAUUAUGGAAAGUUUGGGCUCAAGAUCGAUUAUCCUUACCAGGCUUACUUUGAAGUGGCUGACCAGAGCGGGACAAUGUCCCUUGUGCUUUGGAAUGACCGUUGCCCAGAGUUUUACCAGAGUCUGAGCGUCGGCACCGUGUUGUACAUCCAGAAUUACACCUUGAAGCAGAGUUACUCCAACCGAACACGCCCGCAAAUGGACCACCACAGAAUGAAGAGUUUUAACUCUGUAGAGAUCUGCCUGAACCCUCGGAACCUUGUUUCUCUCCUCACGGUGGUCUCCCCAAAGAGGGUACUGCCUCAGUGGAGGUUGCCCGAGGUUCGCUACCAAUUCGUCACCAGGUCAGAGUUGGAAAACGUAUCGCACAAUUCUGCAUGCGAUGUCAUCGGUUUGGUGACAUUUGUUGGCCGUGUUGAAAGAGUGAAGAAUAAAAGCAACACGGGUCCAGAAAAACACUGGACGUAUCGCUGGAUCCACGCGGUGGACGGAACGUCUGCCCUUCCUUUUGUCCUGGAGGUUUUCUCCUCUUCCCAGCCAGAAGUCUUCAGCCGCAUAUGCCCGAUGACCUACCUGGUGUGCACUCAGAUGAGAGUUCGCCAUGUGGAAGGCUCGUUGCCCUACCUCACCAGCAGCUGCGAGACGGAGACGUUCAUCACAGGCCGCCACAAAGGUCAGCCGUAUGUGAGCGACCCCGGAGUGAAACGCUUCAUCCAGUGGACCAAAACUCUCGAGGACAACGUGGUCCUCCAGAAGACGGCCGUCGGCGGUCAUUAUUGCUACCCUCGGCCCCCUCGGGAAUUCAGCCAGUCACUCGAAGAUGCCGAGACUCAAGCUCCUCUGGUGGCUGCGUCGGACUUGAAGAAGGAGUUAGAUACUCUGCACUAUAGGGAACAUAAAAAAGUUGCAAUUCAAGGACACAUCACAGCGGUGCGGUACAUGAAGAGCUCACAAACCUCUCGAGGAACAGAAGAGAAAGAGGUGCGAGAUGUUUCUACCGACGCGCGUGAACAUGCGGUACCGGACACACACACGCGUCCCUCAGCAGCUGAGCAGACGCCGACGGCCAGUUCAACAUCUGCCUCUCCUGAGAGAAUCUCAGCCAAUGGAAGGAAAAGAAGCAAUCCAACGAGAAAAGACACCAAGUCCUCUUUGAAUCGGGUCAACGCGGCGGCAAAAAGGAGACAUAAAGAUUCAGAGGAAGGACAGAAGCAAGAAGAAGAAGAAGAAGAGAGGGACUCUGCGUCCGAGGAGGCUCGGGCGGUGGAAUGUCGCCAACAGAUGCCAAAUCCAGACUCCGACGUCAUGUCUUGGGAGAGCAGCAGUUGGCCGAAGCAACGACAAGAAGUGUCUGAACAUCUGGUUCGAGGCGGUCUGUGCCGGGACAGCGUGUCUCGGAGGUUCACGUUUGAGGAAAAGAAUGUCCUCCUGCAGCAGAGUAGCCUUCAACCGGCGCGCUGGACAGCCGAGCGAGACGCAGACAUUCCUCCUGUGCUUUGUCCGGGAUACUACCGAGUAACAAUACUAGGCAUCAACAAGCAGAUGGCCGUCGACGCUGCUUAUGUGCCCGUCCUGAGCUCCGACGAGCCCGGGGCCGUCGGCCUUCCUCAGGAUCCCCACGGCAACACCAUGCUGUCCUGCCUCUCGUCGGGCUUCCUCUGUCCGCUCCGCGACACCGCCAGCAACUGCGAGUCAACGCUUCCCGAGCCAGAGGAGCUCUUGGCGACGGCCGCUGAGCUGGAGGACACGCACGUCGUGUGCGUCUUGGACCUUUGCCAUCUGGGUGGAGACGAGAUGGAGGUCCUGAUCAGCAAGGUGUACAGAGUGACGGAGGUUUCUCUCGAUUAAAAUCGGCAGCGGACAUUAAUCACGUCAUUAAAACGUCUCUUUGGAUAGAAAGGGCAAAUAUUUUAGACCGGAUCUUAACUUGAUACUGCACUAAAUUCUGAUUCCCCGUUCCAUAUGUACAGUACAUGUUUCAUCGUUUUUAUAAUCCUGCUUUUUAAGAGCGGAGGAAGGUAAUGCUAUCAAUUAAAGAGUGAAAUACAUGAAACUGUUUAUUUUACAUCAGAAGUCCACUAUGUAUCAACUGCGGCUGACGGAUUGCUUUGGCUACCAAAUGGAUGUCAGAUUACGCUUCAAGUUCUAACUCCAACCAGCAAACCGUCCCUG